AUGAAUAAUGCAUUUGAAAAUUGUAUUAAAUUAAAGAAUGUGAAAAAUAUUUUAAGCAUUCCAGAUUGUUGUUUUAGUGGAUGCUCAAAAUUGAGCAAUGUCAAUAUUCUAGAAAAUUCAAGAUUUAUCGGAUAUAAAUCAUUUGAAAAUUGUUAUUCCCUGGAGAGUAUUAUUAUCCCGCCAUCUGUUGUAACUUUAUCAGAAUAUUCAUUCUUAAACUGCAUGAAUCUCAAAUCAAUCAAAUUCUCAGAAAGAAAUGAAAUUGAGAAGAUAUCAAACAAUUCAUUUUCUGGCUGUAUUUCACUACAAAAUAUUAGUAAUUUUGAGUCAGAUAAAUGUAAAUGGAUUGAUAAUACUCUUUAUUCUAUAGAUAACUCAAAAGAAUAUCUUGUAUUCCAUCUUAAUAGAUCAUUAGAUAAAACUCUUAUUAUCAACUGCAGUGUUAUCUGUAGUUAUGCAUUCAAUGAAUGUAACAACAUAUAUAAUAUCAGCAUCCUUCCAAAAAGUGUUUCACUAAUAGAAAAAUAUUCAUUCAACAACUGCAAGAAUCUUCAACACAUCAACUUCCCUUUCUCUGUCAGAAGUGUUGAAUACCAUUCAUUUGUUGAAUGUCAUUCUAUAUGUUGUCCUCUUAUUAUUGAGGAUACAAAACUUGACUACCUAAGAAUGAUUGUUGAAUCUGGUAUUCCACGACGACUUAUUCUUUCAUGUGAGAUUUACGAUGACACUCGUGAUUUUGAAACACCUUGCAUAUAUGGGAUUGGAGCGAUUACAUUUUUGUUGACUUCAUAUUUCUAA